AUGGGAAUCUGUAGAGAUAUGUGCAUGCAACCAAGGGUACAAAGAAGACUAGGAGGAAAGAGAGCUGCACUUUUUGUAUAUGCUAUGGAAGGGUUAGAGAACAUGGCGUUUGUUGCCAAUGCAGUGAGUUUAAUAACUUACUUCCUUGGAGAUAUGAACUUCAGCUUAACAAAAUCAGCUACAACACUAACCAACUUUAUGGGAACUGCAUUUUUACUACCACUUGUCGGCGGAUUAAUUUGUGAUACAUAUUUCUCUAGGUUCAAAACUUGUGUUCUGUUCGCAUGCAUGGAAUUGUUGGGAUAUGGGAUCCUAACAGUUCAAGCGCGUUACCAACAAUUAAGACCAAUACCCUGCAAAGAUAUAGCACCAAUUCAUAUGAACCAAUGCAAGCCAGCGGCUGGAAGUCAAGCAGCUAUACUUUAUACAGGACUAUACCUUGUUGCAUUAGGAACAAGUGGUAUUAAAGCGGCGUUACCAGCCUUAGGAGCUGAUCAAUUCGAUGAUAAAGAUCCAAAGGAAGCAUCUCAGUUAUCAAGCUUUUUUAACUGGUUUUUGUUUAGUCUUACAACAGGAGCAAUAGUUGGUGUUACUAUCAUUGUUUGGAUUAGUACUAAUCAAGGAUGGUAUUGGAGUUUUACUGUCUGCACUAUUGCAGUCUUGUUCUCAAUUCUGUCUAUUUGCAUGGGAAAAUCAUUAUACAGAAAUAAUACUCCUAAGGGAAGUCCUCUAAUUAGAAUCAUCCAGGUGUUUGUGGCAGCUUUCAAAAACAGAAAACUCCAAAUUCCAGAAAAUGAAGAUGAAAUGCAUGAGAUUCAUGAAAAAGAAAGAGGAGAAAAUUAUGAAAUACUUACAAGGACGGAACAAUUCAGAUUCUUGGAUAGAGCAGCAAUUGGUAAAAACAGUACAGGAUCAUGGAACCUUUGCACAGUGACACAAGUAGAAGAAACAAAAAUCUUAGUCAGAAUGCUACCAAUAAUAUUAAGCACAAUAUUUAUGAACACAUGUUUAGCACAGCUUCAAACUUUCAGCAUACAACAAAGCACAACCAUGAACACAAACAUCCUAGGAUUCAAAAUGCCAGGACCAUCUCUCCCAAUCAUCCCUUUACUAUUCAUGUUUGUCCUAAUCCCUCUAUACGACCGAUUUUUCGUCCCGUUUAUCCGAAGAUUCACAGGGAUUCCAACCGGAAUUCGACACCUUCAAAGAAUAGGAAUUGGACUAGUUCUCUCAGCUAUAUCAAUGUUAAUAGCCGGUUUCAUCGAAACACGCCGAAAAUCCGUAGCAAUAGAACACAACAUGGUAGAUAGCAAUGAGCCUUUACCAAUGACAGUCUUUUGGUUGGGUUUUCAAUAUGCUAUUUUCGGUGCUGCAGAUAUGUUUACACUUGUUGGACUUCUAGAGUUUUUCUAUGCAGAAAGUUCAGCUGGAAUGAAAUCACUUAGUACUGCUAUUUCUUGGUGUUCUGUUGCAUUUGGUUAUUUUACAAGCACUGUGGUUGUUGAGGUUGUUAACAAAGUGAGUGGAGGGUGGUUGGAAAGUAAUAACUUGAAUAGGGACAAGCUUAACUACUUUUAUUGGCUCUUGUCUGUUAUGAGUGUUGUGAACUUUGGAUUUUACUUGUUUUGUGCUUCUUGGUAUAGAUACAAAACAAUGGAAGACAAACAAGGUGAUUCAAAAGAUGAUGUUGUUGACAUAGUUAAGGUUUAG